GUGAGGGGGUGCUCCGAGGGUUUGUUCCCAGAGGAAUGGGGUUGCCUGGGGGGUGCUCUUGGAUGCAGAUUUCCCCUAAAGGCAAUAGGGGUACUCAGAGGAGUGAGCCAGGGGGUUCCCUAAGUCUGUGGGGCUGGCACAGGGGCACAGCUCUGUCUGAUGGCAUGGUUCAACUGGACUCAGCUUGGCAUGGCACAGCUAGGGUGGGACGGAAACGGGACUCUACUCUGGGGUGGUCCCCCACAGCAAUCCCCAACAGGGGGCAAGUCAGCCCUGCAGUUUACCUGUGCACCCCCUAAAUGCCACCCUUGCUCUAUCCAUGGGGAAACUGACUCAUAGAACUCGGCGCUGCCAUCACCCACUGGCCACGGCCUUGGAGAGCUUCCAAUCUCCUGGGGGGACUGCAGCACCCAGGGAUGUCUUGGAGGGGAGCCCUGCACCCACCGAGGGCCUGGGGACAAGGCAGCAUAAAGAGGGCAGCGGAAGGAAGGGGCACUGGCUGGUGGCACUGCACGGGAGCAGGUGAGGGACCCUCCAGCUGGCGGGACCCCCGGGCCGGGUGCUGUGCUGCAUCCCACCACACUUUUUUCUGGAGCCCUUUGGGGAUCACAUCUGGAUUUGAACCAGUACCCGUGUGCUUCCCUGUGAGAAAAAGCUUGGGAUCAGGAGAAGAGCCCAGAUUUGAGGGGACAGCGACAGCAGCGAGUAGAAAAAUGGAGUCCUUGUCCUUCAAUGGGGAUCUCUCCAGCUUAUUCUCCUCGUACAACUACACCUAUGACUACAGCACGGCCCUGCCCGACCCCGCUAUCUCCUCCGCCCCAUGCCGGCCUGAUGGCUCCGUCCUCAACAAGUACCUGGUGGUGGUGAUCUACUGCCUUGUCUUCAUCCUCAGUGUAGUGGGGAAUGGGCUGGUGGUGCUGGUGGUGACCUCCAGCCACACCAGCCGCUCUGUCACCGACAUCUACCUGCUCAACCUGGCCGUGGCAGACUUGCUCUUUGCUUUCACCCUGCCCCUCUGGGCCACCUACCGAGCCCACGAGUGGGUCUUUGGCACUGUGAUGUGCAAAGCCAUCUCCGUGCUGCAGGAAGCCAACUUCUACAGUGGCAUCCUGCUGCUGGCAUGCAUCAGCGUGGACCGCUACCUGGCCAUUGUCUACGCCACCCGGGCUGCCACUGAGAAGAGGCACUGGGUGAAGUUUGUCUGCUUGGGCAUCUGGGUCUUCUCUGUGCUGCUCUCCUUGCCUGUGCUGCUCUUCCGUGAGGCUUUCACCUCACCCAACAAUGGCACCGUGUGCUACGAGCGCAUUGGUGACGAGGACACGGCCAAGUGGCGGGUGGUGCUGCGGGUGCUGCCGCAGACCUUCGGCUUUGCCUUGCCCCUCCUGGUGAUGCUCUUCUGCUAUGGCGUCACCAUCCAUACCCUCCUGCAGACCAAGAAUGCUCAGAAGCAGCGGGCCAUGAAGGUCAUCUUUGCCGUGGUGCUUGUCUUCCUCGUCUGCUGGCUGCCCUACAAUAUCACACUGGUGAGUGACACCCUCAUGAGGACACGGGCCAUCGCCGAGACCUGCGAGAGGAGGAACCGCAUCGACACAGCCCUCUCUGUCACACAGGUCCUGGGCUUUGCCCACAGCUGCAUCAACCCCAUCAUCUACGCCUUCAUUGGUCAGAAGUUUCGCAACAGCUUCCUUAAGAUCCUGGCACAGCGUGGGCUGAUCAGCAAGGAUGCUGUUGCCCGUUACGGCCGUGCCUCCUAUGCCUCCACCUCUGGCAACACAUCCACCACCCUCUGAGCCUUUCUGGUACCCAGUCCUUGUGGCUCCCCGCAGGUCCCAGCACCCCACACUCCUCAGCAUCCUCAUCCAGCCCCCUGGAAUGUGGGUAGUGAUGCUAUGGGGAUGGGCAGGGCCACCACUGGAUGCUGGACCCCAGCUGCAAGGGGACUUGGGUGGCAAGGUGGUAGGAUCCCAUUGCCAGAGAAGUGAUGCCAAGUGCUGCCCACCCUUCUCUCUCUUUGGGACGAAGCCUGUGACUCUAGGGAUUUUGAGAGCCUGCUGUGGUGUUUGUGGCCAUCAACCAUCCAGCAAUAAAGGAGUUAGUGGGUUGAUCA